AUGAGAGUGACCAAUCAGUCGAGUUCACCAUUCGAUGCCCUUGUCUUAGACCUCGGAGGUGUCUUAAUCAAAACCCCUCCGCAUGUAUCUACCAAUAAAUCCAUACCAUCACUGAAACGCCUCACCUCCACUUUGACAUGGAUGCAGUAUGAAUGCGACAAGAUCGAGGAGGCACAAUGCUACAAGAUCCUCGGAGAACAAUUUGACUUUCCCCCAUCAGAGCUCAGUGAAGCAAUUGCUCUCGCACGGACAACAGUCGAAUUCGAUGAGGAGGUGGUAUCUUGGAUUCAAACUCUCCGGCAAGAUCAACCCUCGCUGAAGAUCAUUGCCAUGUCAAACAUCUCCAAGCCUGACUUUGACGCUCUUCAUGCUCGAUGGGGUCCUACGUUCUGGUCUUUGUUUGACGAGGUGUUUACUUCCUCUGCUGCUGGCUCCCGGAAGCCCAAUCUAAGCUUUUACCAGCAUGUUCUGAGGUCCACUGGCAUCAAUCCCGAAAAGGCGGUUUUCGUGGACGAUAGUAUUCAGAAUACUAUCUCUGCGGGUUCUUUAGGGAUGCGUGGGAUCCUUUUUGAGAACCUGCCUAUGCUAGUUCGGACUGUUAAGGGGCUUCUUCAUGACCCUGUGGUUCGUGGAAAGGCUUUCCUUCAGAAGAACGCAAAGAAGUUGCAUUCAUUCACCGAGUGUGGUAUUCCAGUGCUGGAGAACUAUGUCCAGUUGUUGAUUCUAGAAGCUACAGGUGACGAGGGGCUCGUGCUUUUAAACAAGCCCGACUAUCAUAAAGGGCAGUUUUGGAACUUCUAUCUUGAAACACCUAUUUUCGCGCCCGAAAAGUUACCCAAUGACAAUGAUACCACUGCUUUAGGUAUGCAAGUAAUCAGAUUUGACGACUCGGUUGCACAUUCCCUUCUUGAUCAAAUGCUCAAGUGGAUGAAUGAAAAUGGCAUUAUGGAUAUGUAUCACGACCGCAACAGGCCCAGAUUUGACCCCAUUGUCAGCGCCAACAUCUGUACGUCAUUCUACCUCUAUCGGCGAGGCCACCAGGUCCAAAAGAUGCUAGACUGGGUCCGCAAAAUCCUUUACUACAGGGCAUAUUCAGAGGGAACAUACUACUUCCGCUGUCCGGAUUGGUUCCUGUUUUACGUUAAUCGGCUACUGGUUGUUUCAAAGACGCCAGCGCUGGUUGAUAUGUUUGGGCCGCUUUUAAAAGAGCGAGUGCAAGAGCGCAUUGGAAUCCAGGGCGAUAGUAUUGCGCUGGCAAUGCGUACUAUCGUGUGUAACUCGAUGGGAGUGUACAAUUAUCAAGACUUUGAGGCGCUUCGAGAGUUGCAGCUGGAGGACGGUGGCUGGGAAGCGGGUUAUCUGUACAGCUUCCCAAUUAUUGGAAAGAAAGUCAUGAACCGUGGACUUGGUACGGCGCUUGCUGUUCAGGCGCUUAGUGGAAGGAUUGGCAAGAUCAAAAAAGAGCUUGCUAUGCUUUGA